AUGUUCAAAUACGGAUUCCCAGCUGCUGCUUUUCUGCUAGUAUCCAUUCAAGCAUUCCCCACUUCUCUUCAACAGCAGUACCCUCAGACCAUUAAACAAUAUCCUGCUCAACAGGAGGUCAAAUCAGCACAAACUGCUCCUCAACUCUCAGCACAUCAUGGCUUCAUGUAUGGUCCCCAACAAAGUGAACCUCAACUAUCCCAAUAUCCAACCGUUGCACCGACUGCUGCUCCGGCUCCAGCACAAGCUCCAAUCUCUCAAAUGCCACUGGAAAUCAAGCAAACUGCUCAGACACUUUUCAGCGAUCCAGACUUCCAGAUGUUAGCCAGAAGUUUGCAGUCUGGUACUGGAAGUGCUGGGUAUAAUACUCCACUCUCCGCUCGCGAUAUGCCACCAUGCUCUUCUGAUGGCCGCUCUGUCACUAUCGACCAUCUCCGUAUCUCCCCAGAAUCCCUCGUCCAAAUCGCUCGACUUGCUCAAGCCUUCGGAACCAACCCAGAUUGGAAGAAACUCCGUCUCUCCGAUAUGAAAUCUGCUCUCGGGUCUCAAAUGCAUCCAACCCAUCAAUAUGCUGCCAGAUCAAUCGGGUUGUGA